UGUGCACACCUUUAUUUCUUACAAGCAUUGGUGUAUUACAAAUUAGCACUAGGAAAGAAAUCUAGAGACUGAGUUUUCAUAGAAAUUACCUGGUGCUGCUUCAGAUAUAACGUGACUUAUUGAAUAUCGAAACUGCCUUUCUGGCUGGUGGGCAGUAUUUGCACAUGACGAGAUAAUUCCUGUUUUUCUUAUUAUUUUUAGUAAUAGAGACAAGGUCUCACUGUGUUGCCCAGGCUGGUCUGGAACUCCUGAGCUCAAGUGAUCCUCCCGCCUCGAGCUCUCAGAGUGCUAGAAUUACAAUACCUGUGUUUCUAAAACUGGUCUUUGUUUUGUUUUGUCAUUAGCAUGUGUGACACAAGAGGUCGACAUUGAACUUACCGUUUUCAGUAGCUAAGAUGAAAUGUUUAUAUUAAUGUGCUUCUGUUUCUUCAUGUUUCAGGAGGAAAAUAAGAUUUUAUUUUAUCAUCCAAAUGAGGUAGAAAAGAAUGAAAAGAUUAGAAAUGUCGGAUUGUGUGAAGCUAUUGUACAGUUCACAAGGACCUUUAGCCCAUCAAAACCUGCAAAAUCUUUACAUACCCAGAAGAAUAGACAGUUCUUCAAUGAACCAGAAGAACAUUUCUGGAUGGUCAUGGUUGUUCGGAAUCCUAUAAUUGAAAAACAGAGUAAAGAUGGAAAACCAGUUAUUGAAUAUCAAGAGGAGGAGUUGUUGGACAAGGUUUACAGUUCAGUGCUACAGCAGUGCUACAGCAUGUACAAGCUUUUUAAUGGAACAUUUCUGAAAGCCGUGGAAGACGGAGGCGUCGAGCUUCUGAAAGAAAGAUUAGAGAAAUUCUUCCAUCGGUAUUUGCAAACGCUACAUUUGCAGUCAUGUGACCUACUUGACAUUUUUGGUGGAAUCAGCUUCUUCCCAUUGGAUAAAAUGACUUAUUUGAAAAUCCAGUCCUUUAUUAAUAGAAUGGAGGAAAGCCUGAGUAUAGUCAAAUACACUGCGUUUCUCUAUAAUGAUCAGCUCAUCUGGAGUGGAUUAGAACAAGACGACAUGAGAAUUUUAUACAAAUACCUCACCACCUCCCUUUUUCCAAGGCACAUGGAGCCUGAGUUAGCAGGAAGGGAUUCUCCAAUUAGAGCAGAAAUGCCAGGAAAUCUUCAGCACUAUGGAAGAUUUCUUACCGGACCCUUGAACCUUAAUGAUCCAGAUGCAAAAUGCAGAUUCCCCAAAAUUUUUGUAAAUACACAUGACGCUUAUGAAGAGCUCCAUUUAAUUGUUUAUAAGGCCAUGAGUGCGGCUGUGUGCUUUAUGAUCGACGCCUCUAUCCAGCCAACGCUGGAUUUUUGCCGAAGACUGGACAGUGUCGUCGGGCCCCAGCUCACGGUGCUGGCCUCUGACAUCUGCGAGCAGUUUAACAUCAACAAGAGGAUGUCUGGGUCUGAGAAAGAACCCCAGUUUAAGUUUAUUUACUUCAACCACAUGAAUCUGGCCGAGAAGAGCACAGUUCACUGAGAAACGCCCAGUGCACUCACUUCCGGCCCCAUUGUGAAAACCAACGCACGGCGCGUUCGGAGAAGCUGCCAGGUUCAUGUGGCCGUUUACAACGAUCCCUCUGAACACCGGCAGCAUGAUAAGGCAUUUUCUUCUGCCCUCCCGCCAAAGCGGCCAGCCGUGCCCACCACACGGGGUGACCCGGCAGCUGCUCUGCUGACAGCUCGGCUGCCCUGGAGAGAGGGGACCUCGCCUCGGCAGAGCUGCCCCCUUGGGCGAUGCCCCGGAGGACCACUGUAUGAAAUUCGAGUGUAA